CUCCUCUCCUCUUUCUUUCUCUCCGGUACAGAAGGGAACCGCGCUAGGAUUUAUAUCAAGGCCGCCUUCUAUUAACAGACACUAUGUCAUCUGGAUGAGGCUUGUCACUUCACCUGCAUCUCCUGACUCGUCCCAUAUUCCGGGGGUGGCACCCCCAUUGUAUCCUCACCGGGACGUUUUGGCAGCCUCUUGGUCCGAGUCGGGAUGAGAUGGAGGGCAGCCGGACCCCGUGAUGCCUCCAAGUCAGACAGCUAAGACAACUUACCCACCUACUGGACCCGCGCCGGUCGCGACGACUCACGACGCUCAUCGGGACCUGCUUAAGGAUCGGCAAGAAAAAGGUGGUCAUGCACUUGAAAUGUCUGGUUUUCCCUCAAAAGAAGACAUCACGAACUCAUGUAAACUGGGCUCUCCAUGGCUCCUAGACUGCCCGGCCAGGAACCCGAGGCCAGUAAGGCCCCAGAAUGCCCUUGGAUCAGAUAUGGGAUUCUGUCUCAUUCGCAUCGGCUUGUUUAGAAACCAGUUUUCUCAACCCCUCGCAGAACACCUUACCCAUGGCGGCCACGGCCUAUGGCCGGCUCGACUGCUAGUUGGACGACAUGGCUCUAGAGGCCUACGCAACCGCCGCCAGCAAAAACAUGCUUAAUAGGUGAAGCCCUGUCGAUGCCCAAGAUGUCGGCUUGUUGGCGUCAGGCAUGGAAGGGAGAGAGCCCUUAUCCGCGAAUUUGAGAUAUCCAGCCAGGUUGAUGCAAGACCUAUGUGUGCCGGAGGCUUGUCAACUUGCAAGAUCUGGAACGCGUGCAAACAUCUUCACCGCCUCGAACCUUUGCCUUAUCGCCUUCUACCUUGACUAUGACUCGCUUAAUAGAAAGACAAAGAGCCUGACCGCCGUCUUGUCGCAUACAUUGAUAUCUUGGGUAUAUCCCGUUUGGGGUAGCACACACACACACUCACUCACUGUCUGGCAAGCACCUCAGACAAUCAAGAGGCCGCCGCUGUGAUGUCGAGCACUCUCGAGCCUUGUCCCCUGUGGCGUAUACAUACUGUGUGUAACGUGGGCUCUUGAUCCUAGAUACUUGCGGGAUUGUUCAAUACUUAAAGAGCAUCGUGAUUUGAUGGGCGGUGCCGGCGGCAGUGACAAAUAUCUCAAACAUUGUCUCUGAACAUUUUACUCCCCUUCAGACCAUCAUCACCACCAUUGCGGCAUAACAGGACGGAAAUCUGGUGGGAAACCCACCUCUGGCCAAGAUGUGAUCGUCGGCUCCGCAGCGAGUGCCGGCGGCAAUCCUACCCCAACUGGCCUUUACCUGCUCGAUGCGGUCUUGACUUUCCUCCUCCUGCACGGCUACCAUCAGCAAGUCUCAGAGUUGCAGCCGCACUGUAUCAACGACAUAGAUGAUGGUGAACCUGUCAGAAUCGCAGUCCUCGCAGACAGACGUAGAGGUUGCAAAGUGCCUCUGGGAGGUCGGGUCGAGUGUGGAGUGGGAGAAGGCUUCCAAUCAUGUGCUUCCGAUUAAGGAUAAGAAUGACCUUAUGGACCCACCCAGAGACUCUGAGGAAAUAGAACUGGACUCGAAAGGUGCUGGACCAGAAUUCGAUAAUGCUGGUGGCUGUGUUGGUUGGCUGAACUUCUGAAGCCCGGAUUUCGGGGGAUCAUGGGUACGUACUCGCAGCCGACGGGUGGUCUGUGUGUCCGGGGAAGGAUGCAGCCAUUGAUUGGCCGAGUUCAACCGCACCUGGUGCACCUGCGCUGCUUCGCUCUGAGACAUUCUCAAGCUCACCCUGCCUUGUCUCCAUCCUCUCUGCCUCU